GUAAAUCUCAUCCAACUCUCUCUUUCUAUACAUACAUUUAUAUAUAUGCAUAUUCACACUUGUUUCCAGUUUACUGUGUGUUGAGUUCGUUAGACACCAUAAACAAGAAUUCAUUUCUCCUGAAACAGAAAACAUGCAAAUGACCUCAUUCCUGCACUUUGCUGUGAUCCUAAUAUUUACUUACCUGACAGAUGCUUCUGAUACUUCUAUCGUGACAUAUUUCAACGGUUCUAUAGCCGACGGCGAUCGCAUCGCCAAGCCAGGAUGCCCCAACAAGUGUGGGAAUCUGAAAGUUCCAUACCCAUUCGGAAUUGGUGUCGAGGCCGGUUGCUCCAUCAAUCCCUCCUUCGACAUAAGCUGCAACACCUCAUUCAACCCCCCGAAGGCAUUCCUUGGAGCUGAUCAAUUCGAAGUUUUAAGUAUAUCAAACACCAAAAUACACAUCAGGAACCGACUGGCCUGGAACUGCUACGACGAAAAGGGAAGCCCGACUCAAGAGGUUGCUUUUCAAAUGAAUCUGUAUGAAACCCCUUUCAGCAUAUCCAGUGAUAACAAGCUGACAGCUGUCGGAUGCGACGAUGUUUCCUUGCUAUCCAGUGAUAACAUGCUGGCAGAAGGAUCAGAUUAUUUCACCAGUUCUUGCGUGGCGAUCUGUUCAAAAACCCAGGAUCUAAACAAUGGUUCCUGUUCAGGAAUUGGGUGCUGCCAAUCCUCCAUACCCAAGGGUCUCCAGCAUGUAUCCUCCACCAUGACCAUCUUGACUGAUCGAUCUGAUAUUCAGCAUUUUAAUCCCUGCGGCUACUCGUUUCUGGCAGAAGAGAACAGCUACUUCUUCCAAGUAAAUGACAUCUCUGAUUCAUCAUUUGUCGAAAGAAUCGUAGAUACUGUGCCAAUUGCUCUUAAUUGGGAGAUUGGCAAUGAGACCUGCAAACAAAUUCAAAAAACAGGGAAAACAGUCUGUAAAGAACAAAGCAUAUGUGUAGAUUCUGGCACUACUCUAGGAGGAUACCGUUGCAACUGCUCGCAAGGAUAUCAGGGAAAUCCAUAUCUCAGCCAAGGUUGCCAAGAUAUCGAUGAAUGUGAGUUUCAUCCAUGCCAUUCGGUAGCCCUAUGCACCAAUCUUCAAGGUUUAUAUAACUGCUCUUGCCCACGUAACUAUUUUGGCGAUGGCACAAAACACGGCACUGGUUGCAUUUUUGUGCCACCUGAAAGAAACACUGCACUGUAUGCAGGAUUAUUUACGGGCUUGGGGUUGUUUAUACUGCUGAUCACUGGCUUUUGGCUGUACAAAAUACUGAAAAAGAGGAGUGUCAAGCAGCAGAAACAGAAUUUCUUUAAAAGGAAUGGUGGUCUUCUACUUAAUCAACAAAUAUCAGCUCACGACAGUAUCCUUGAAAAAUUGAAAAUAUUCACAUGCAAAGAACUGGAGAAAGCAACAGAUCGAUUCAAUGAAAGUCGGAUACUUGGCAGUGGAGGUCAAGGUACGGUUUAUAAAGGCAUGCUUUCAGAUGGAAGAAUUGUUGCAGUGAAGAAAUCAAAGCAAGUAGACGAACAUCAACAAGUAGAAUUUAUAAACGAGGUCGUCAUCCUAUCCCAAAUAAAUCACAGAAAUGUGGUCAAGUUAUUGGGCUGCUGUAUGGAAACAGAAGUUCCAUUACUAGUCUAUGAAUUCAUUCCCAAUGGCACACUAUCUGACCUCAUACAUGAUGACAGCACCGGAUUUCCACUUUCAUGGGAUUUACGGCUCAGGAUAGCUGUGGAGGUAGCUGAUGCCUUAACUUACUUGCACUAUUCCACUUCUAUUCCCAUAUAUCACAGGGAUUUAAAGUCUAAUAACAUCCUCUUGGAUGAAAAAUAUAGAGCCAAACUAUCAGAUUUUGGAAUAUCAAGAUCAGUUGCCACUGAUCGGACUCACUUAACCACCAUGGUCAAAGGCACAUUUGGUUAUCUAGACCCUGAGUACUUUCAGACAGGAAAAUUCACAGAAAAGAGCGACGUCUACAGUUUCGGCGUGAUUCUUGUCGAGCUUUUAACACGACAGAGGCCGAUAUCUACAAGCAAGACCGAGGAACAAAGAAGUCUAGCUACACGUUUUCUAACGAGCAUAGAAGAUGGGCAAGUGAAGUCAAUUCUUGAUUCUGAGAUAAUAGCACAAGGAAUUCGAGAUGAUCACUUUGCUGUUGCUAAUCUCGCACAAAAAUGCUUGAAUUUAAAUGGGAAGAAAAGGCCAACUAUAAGACAAGUCGCAAUGGAGUUGCAGAGCAUCAAAACAUGCGACAACUCAUCCUACAUUGAAUCCAACAAUCAAGACACAAGUUACGUAGAAACAGAAUCAUGGGAUAUAGAAGGCUUCUCCUGGCCUCAAAUCGUAGGUUCUGCAUUUAACCCUAGAAUAGAAACUAACCGAUAUGAUUAUUAACACUACUCAACACAAACAAGGAGUUUUUUUUUCAUCUCCAACGCACUUGUACCUAACGAA